AUGUACUCUCCCGACUUUGUUGGUGGUCCUGCCUCAACCUUAGUCCUCCAGAGGGUUCUUGCCACCUACUUCGUUCUCCAGAGGGGCUCCUCCUUUAUGACCAACCGUGGUCAUCCUUCUGCCCUUUGCCCAGAGCGUGUUCGCUCGUCCUCCUUCCCUUCCCCCAGAGCGGCUCUUCUCGUCCUCCUGCUCUUCCCCAGAGUGGCUCCGCCCGUCUGGUCAUCCUCUUGCCCUUCCCCAGAGUGGCUCCGCCCGUCUGGUCAUCCUCUUGCCCUUCCCCAGAGUGGCUCCGCCCGUCUGGUCAUCCUCUUGCCCUUCCCCAGAGCGGCUCCGCCCAUCUGGUCUUCCUCCAGCCCAUCCCCCAGAGUGGCUCCACUCCCUGUCCCAGAGUUGACUAUCCUCACCACUGCAAACAUGCUGACAAGGAAAUCAUACUCAAGCUCAGGCUCUACUGGCAGCAUAAGGAAGUCGUAUGCACCAAGCUGCUACUCUGUAAAAAGUAGAAUCGGUUAUGGUGUUGGUGUGGGUGUGGGUAGUUUAGGUAGUUUAGGUAGUUAUGGUGGUUAUGGUGGUUAUGGUAGUUGUGGUAGUUAUGGCUUUAAUUCUAGCCAAGCAGGAGGCUGCUACGUCUCUCCACCGAUCACAGCUGUCCAAGUCAACCAGAGCCUGCUGGCCCCCAUGAACCUGGAUAUUGACCCCACAAUCCAGGCUGUCCGCACCCAUGAGAAGGAGCAGAUCAAGACCCUCAACAACCGCUUUGCCUCCUUCAUCGACAAGGUCCGUUUCCUGGAGCAGCAGAACAAGAUGCUGGAGACCAAAUGGAGCCUCUUGCAGGACCAGACCACAGCCCGCUCCAACAUAGAUUGUAUGUUCGAAGCCUACAUUGCCAACCUGCGCAGACAGCUUGACGGGCUGGGCAAUGAAAAGGUCAACCUGGAGGUAGAGCUGAGGAACAUGCAGGGCCUGGUUCAGGACUUCAAGAUUGAAGUGAGUGCUUGUAUGACAUGGUUUGAAGAUGAAAUCCACAAACGUGCAGCUGCAGAGAACGACUUUGUGCUCCUGAAAAAGGAUGUUGAUGCUGCCUACAUGAACAAGGUGGAGCUGGAAGCCAAGGCUGAUGCUCUUCAGGAUGAGAUCAACUUCCUCAGGGCCGUCUAUGACGCUGAGCUGUGUGAGCUGCAGAGCCAGAUCAAGAACACAUCCGUCGUUGUGGAGAUGGACAACAGUCGUAGCCUGGACAUGGAUUCUAUUGUAGCUGAAGUGCGUGCUCAGUAUGAGGACAUUGCCAACCGCAGCAAGGCUGAAGCAGAGACCUGGUACAAACAGAAGUAUGAGGAGAUGCAGUGCUCUGUCGGACAGUAUGGUGACGAUCUGCAGACAAGCAAGUCUGAGAUUUCUGAGCUGAACCGCAUGAUCCACCGUCUUCAGAAUGAUAUUCAGUCCGUCAAGGGACAGAGGACCAGCCUUGAGACUCAGAUCGCAGAGGCUGAGGAGCGUGGUGAGCUGGCAGUGAAAGAUGCCAGGCUCCGCAUCAAGGACCUGGAGGAUGCUCUGCAGAGAGCCAAGCAGGACAUGGCCCUCCAUUUGCGCGAAUACCAGGAGCUGAUGAACGUCAAGCUGGCUCUGGAUAUUGAAAUUGCCACCUACAGGAAACUGUUGGAAGGAGAGGAGAGCAGACUGGUCAGCGGAUGCACAAAUGCAACCAUUUAUGUGCAGUCAAGCUCUGGAGCAUCAGGAUUGUGCAGCACCAACCCCGGAUUCAGCACCAACCCCGGAUUCAGCUACGGUGGUGGCGGCUACAGUGGUGGCGGCUACAGUGGUGGCAGCUGCAGUGUUGGCGGCAGCUACAGUGGUGGCAGCUACAGCGGUGGCUGCUUCAGUGGUGGCAGCUCGUCUGGUGGCACUACUAUUAAGAAGUCCACAAUCUCAACUACCAGUUCCAGGAGAGGCUUUUAA